UUCGCUCAUUUCUUCGUCAGUCGUCGGCAAACGUGGAUUGCAAGUAGUUUCGGGUUUCAUAUUGAGUUGGCAAGUUGUAAAAGGCAAGUUUUUUAUAUUCAAAAUGUGAUGGAAAUAUUUUUUUUUGGUAAAGGACUGAUGUUAUCGGUGAGGUGAGCAAGUCCGUUAGCAAAAAGCAAACAUCCCGUUAAAAUCACCAGACUGGCAAGAUGUAUCUGUAUAACUUCAUACUGCAGCGUGCCACCGGCAUAACCCACGCGGUUCAUGGCUGUUUUGCCGGUACCAAGCAGCAGGAGAUCCUGCUCUCGAAGGGCAAAAGUUUGGAACUGGUUCGACCCGAUCCGAACACCGGCAAGGUACAUACGCUUCUGCAGACGGAAAUUUUCGGCGUAAUCCGUUCGCUGAUGUCCUUCCGGCUGACCGGUGGAACGAAAGAUUACGCAGUCGUCGGUUCCGAUUCCGGUCGAAUUGUUAUAUUAGAAUAUAAUGCGGCUAAAAAUCAGCUGGAGAAAGUUCACCAGGAAACGUUUGGCAAGUCUGGAUGCCGUCGUAUUGUUCCCGGUCAAUAUCUGGCGAUCGAUCCGAAGGGUCGUGCUGUUAUGAUAGGGGCAAUCGAAAAGCAGAAGUUAGUAUACAUUCUCAAUCGAGAUUCGGAAGCCCGUUUGACCAUUUCCUCUCCCCUGGAAGCUCAUAAAUCAAGCACUCUUACCUAUCACAUGGUUGGCGUAGAUGUUGGCUUUGAAAAUCCGAUGUUUGCUUGUUUGGAAAUAGAUUACGAAGAGGCUGAUUUGGAUCCAACGGGAGAGGCGGCAGCUAAAACACAGCAGACGCUCACUUUCUACGAGUUAGAUCUUGGACUGAAUCACGUGGUUCGAAAGUAUUCGGAACCGUUGGAAGAACACGCCAACUUUUUAAUUUCCGUUCCCGGAGGAAAUGAUGGACCAUCCGGGGUACUGAUUUGCUCGGAGAAUUAUCUAACAUACAAGAAUCUUGGGGACCAACAUGAUAUUCGUUGUCCCAUUCCAAGACGGCGAAACGAUUUGGAUGAUCCGGAACGGGGCAUGAUUUUCGUCUGCUCGGCAACGCACAGAACAAAGUCGAUGUACUUUUUCCUGGUUCAAACCGAGCAGGGUGAUAUCUUCAAGGUCACGCUAGAAACGGAUGACGACGUAGUCUCGGAGAUAAAGUUGAAAUAUUUUGACACCGUCCCGCCAGCGACGGCGAUGUGCGUGUUGAAAACCGGAUUUCUGUUUGUGGCUUGUGAUUUUGGUAAUCAUUACCUUUAUCAAAUCGCUCACCUCGGUGAUGACGAUGAUGAGCCUGAAUUCAGUUCGGCAAUGCCGCUGGAAGAGGGAGACACUUUCUUCUUUGCCCCUCGGACGCUAAAAAAUCUGGUUAUGGUCGAUGAGAUUCAUUCCUAUGCGCCAAUUCUGAGUUGUCAGGUUGCCGAUUUAGCUAACGAGGAUACUCCGCAGCUGUACUUGGCUUGCGGACGUGGACCACGAUCAUCGAUACGAGUUUUACGACAUGGUCUGGAAGUGUCGGAGAUGGCCGUUUCUGAGCUGCCCGGUAAUCCGAAUGCCGUUUGGACCGUGAAGAAGCGUGUGGAUGACGAAUUCGACGCGUACAUCAUCGUGUCUUUCGUGAAUGCCACCCUUGUGCUGAGCAUUGGUGACACGGUGGAAGAAGUGACAGACAGUGGUUUCCUCGGCACAACGCCGACACUGUGCUGUUCCGCACUCGGAGAUGAUGCACUGGUUCAGGUUUAUCCCGAAGGUAUUCGGCACAUUCGGGCAGACAAGCGAGUCAACGAAUGGAAGGCCCCCGGAAAGAAGACCAUCAAUAAGUGUGCCGUCAACCAGCGGCAGGUUGUGAUUGCUUUGUCCGGUGGAGAGCUGGUGUAUUUUGAGAUGGAUCCGACCGGUCAGUUGAACGAGUAUACCGAGCGUAAAAAGAUGCCCAGCGAUGUGAUGUGCAUGGCACUGGGUUCCGUUCCGGCCGGAGAACAACGUUCCUGGUUUCUGGCAGUCGGUCUGGCAGACAACACGGUUCGCAUUAUUUCGCUUGAUCCCAGCGAUUGUUUGUCGCCUCGUUCGAUGCAGGCUUUGCCCUCAUCAGCGGAGUCACUUUGUAUUGUGGAGAUGGGAACGGGUGAUACUACGGAGGAAGGAACCGUAUCUACCGCUGGGUGUAUCUAUCUGAACAUAGGGUUGACGAACGGUGUCUUGCUGAGGACAGUGCUGGAUCCGGUUUCAGGAGAUUUGGCAGACACCCGUACGAGAUACUUGGGUUCACGCCCUGUCAAGCUGUUCCGAAUUAAAAUGCAGGGCUCGGAAGCCGUUCUGGCUAUGUCAAGUCGCACCUGGUUAAGUUAUUACUAUCAGAACCGAUUCCACCUGACGCCACUGUCCUAUGAGACACUCGAAUAUGCCUCUGGUUUCUCCAGCGAACAAUGCUCGGAAGGUAUUGUAGCCAUUUCUACCAAUACCCUCAGAAUUUUGGCAUUAGAAAAGUUGGGAGCCGUGUUUAACCAGAUUACGUUCCCUCUGGAAUACACACCGAAACGGUUCCUUAUCCACAAUGAAACGGGCAAGUUGAUCAUCAGUGAAACCGAUCACAAUGCAUACACGGAAGAGACGAAGAAUGUUCGCAAGAAGCAGAUGGCCGAUGAAAUGCGGGAAGCUGCUGGUGAGGAUGAACAGGAACUAGCAAACGAGAUGGCAGAUGCAUUCAUCAAUGAGGUACUGCCGGAGGAUACCUUUUCCGCACCCAAGGCUGGUACAGGAAUGUGGGCUUCGCAGAUUCGAGUCAUGGAUCCGAUAAAUGGGCACACCUAUUCGAAGGUUCAGCUGGCGCAGAACGAAGCCGUUAUGUCGAUGGCGCUGGUUAGAUUUUCUGUCGAUCAGAAGUGGUACGUCGUGGCUGGUGUAGCGAAGGAUUUCCAGAUGAAUCCGAAGAUCGUUGCCAGUGGGUUCAUCGAUGUGUACAAGUAUGACUACCAAACGCAUCAGUUGGAACACUAUCACAGGACGGAAAUUGAUGAUGUUCCCGGAGCACUUUGUUCCUUCCAAGGUCGCUUGCUGGUUGGCGUCGGUCGCGUCCUAAGGAUUUACGAUCUUGGCAAGAAGAAGCUACUGAGGAAAUGCGAAAACAAGCACAUUCCUAAUCAGAUAAUAAACAUCCUUGCCAUGGGAUCGCGCGUAUUUGUCUCUGAUGUCCAGGAGUCAAUCUAUUGCGUCAAAUACAAGAGAACUGAGAAUCAGUUGAUUAUCUUCGCCGAUGAUACCCAUCCGCGAUGGUUGACCGCUUCAACGCUGCUAGAUUACGACACCGUUGGCACCGCUGACAAGUUUGGAAACGUUGCCAUUCUUCGUCUACCCCAUUCCGUGUCGGAUGAUGUGGAUGAGGAUCCAACUGGGAAUAAAGCACUAUGGGAUCGUGGUUUGCUGAAUGGUGCAUCUCAGAAGGCGGAAAACAUUUGCACAUUCCAUCUGGGGGAAACGAUUAUGUCGUUGCAGAAAGCUACCCUCAUUCCGGGAGGAUCGGAGUCGUUAAUCUAUGCUACUAUGAGUGGAACGGUUGGAGCUUUGGUACCGUUCACCAGUCGGGAGGAUUACGAUUUUUUCCAGCAUCUGGAGAUGCAUAUGCGUAAUGAGAAUCCUCCGCUGUGCGGUCGAGAUCAUUUGAGUUUCCGGAGUUACUACUAUCCGGUGAAGAAUGUUAUGGAUGGGGAUCUGUGCGAGCAGUUUACUUCGAUGGAUCCGGCUAAGCAGAAGAGUAUCGCAACUGAUCUGGGACGGACGCCGAAUGAGGUGGCUAAGAAGCUGGAAGAUAUUCGAACGCGAUAUGCGUUCUAAGAUGUGUUAAGAUUAUAAUCACCAAGAUGCGUUGUAUUAAGUAAAAGUUUUCAGAUUACGUGAAUCAUCUGCAGAUGUUUCAUUAACCGUCUAUGUACUUUUAAGCUAUACAUCGUAUGCUGAUUAAAUCAAAUUCAAGUUCUCAUUGAUUGUAAAGCAGUUCUAAAUGGAUCAGAAAGUUUCUCUCAAUACAAUAAAUAAUGCAAAGGACUUCGGAAUGGAGUAGAUAUCAAAAGCAUUAUGUAAAACUUUGUAUCUCCCAAUACAAAAAAAAAUGUGUUGAUUCGCCACAG